AUGGUUUAUGCAAUGGCAGGAAUUCCUCUUUGGUUGAUUAUGUUUCAAUCGGCCGGUGAACGUUUGAAUGCAUUGAUUACAUUUAUAUUGUCUCAUGUAAAAAGACGAUUUCGACGUCGCACAGACGUAUCCGAUAUUGAAUUAAUUACCGUCGAAUUUGCUUUGAGUACUUGUGUUGUACUCGGUGCUUCAUUCGUAUUUUCCAGCAAAGAGAAAUGGUCCUAUUUUGAAUCAAUCUAUUAUUCAUUUAUUACUUUAUCAACUAUAGGUUUUGGUGAUUUGGUUCCACUAGCAAGUUUACAGAAGACAUCUCAAUCAUUAUAUUCCAAAUUUGGAUAUGUUGUAUUUACAAUUGGUUUCAUCUUAGUCGGUUUAACAAUUAUGGCAUCAUCAAUUAAUUUACUUGUUUUACGUUUAGUAGCAUUUAAUACUGAAGAAGCAAAAGCACAAUUAGAAGAGGUGGUGGCUAGACAAGCAUCAAUUGAUAUGCAACACUAUGAUAAUAUUUCGUUGUUAACACCUACAAAUCAGAAAAUAUUGAUGAAUAAUCAUCAACAAUUAAGAAACACUUCUACUACUCAUAUCGAUGUACGACAUUCUACAUCAUUAAUAUCAGUAGAAAACUCUCACAAUCGACAAUUAAUAUCGUGUUGUUAUCAACAACCAUCUAUGUUACGUUUUAGAACUAGUAGAAAACGCUAUAAAAUACGUCGUUCACCGGCUAACAUCAAACACUUACUCUAUAUAGGAAAUAUAUUAGAAAAUAAUACGCUAUAUAUACAACGAAAUGAGCAUAGUACAAUAUCAAAGAAUAAUUACAUUAGUAAAGAUUAUUUGUCAUCGUCGAAAAGGAUAUCAAUAUAG